AUGACUUCUCAUCCUGGAAAUGGUAAAGAGGCCUCUGCCUCAGAUUAUUCCGUACUAGACUCGACAGUACCGGGGCCUAGCUCGACUCGGGAUGCAUCAUCUCAAAAUGCGCCAAUCUACAUCAUACCUAAUAGAAAGAUUGCAGCCGUAGAGAUUCCCGCAGUGGUGCAGAAUAUCGAUCGUGCCAUCAGUGCUUUUGGUCGUGUACCAUCUUUUGAGCAUGUUUUAGACCCUCAACGUAACUCGGUGCCUCUCUAUCUGAACCCCGAGAGCCCAUUCUGCAACCCCAUCAUGUCACACAAUGCAGCCUCACACAACGUUGUCCUGAAAAUCAUUCUUCCGAAGCGUACCGGGAGGAAGAGAAAGCGUGGUUCUUCGACGGCCUGGGAAGGAGAUCAGGAGAUCUGCGAUGCCGAUCAAGCAAACCCCGUUUGCUCUAUCGCUCGCCAGGACGAGCCUAAGGUCCUCAAGCGAAAACUUCAAGACAACGUUGGCCGCUACAAGGUCGAUGCUGUGGGUGUCAUCAAUCACACUCAUAGAUUCCGUGGUUUCGCCGACUUUUACUGGGAUAUGUCUACGUCGUCGUUUACGAACCGAUAUAUAGACCAAGUCUUUUCUGGAGAUGUCGAAAAGAUGAGAGCCUUCACCUUAGAGCCAGGCAUCGACAAGAGCAGAAAUUCUGACGUGAUACCGCCGCCGCUAUUCACACACAUGAGCCUUCCAUUCAACUAUUUCUACUCCCAGAACCCAUAUGUUCGCACCACUGCAGAUGGUGGCACAGUCAAUGUGACCGCUGUUAAACAAGUCGGGUACUUUAUCAGCGCUGACGAACCUACGCCUACUGGCCCUCAGGAGCCCCCGGAUGUAACGGAUGCACGGUUCAUGGAGGUUUUGGCAGACUUGGAGGCUGCGUUCGAGGAUCGGCCUAUCUGGACACGACGUUCAUUACUAAACCAUCUUGGGAAGAAGCUGGACAGCUGGAAUGAGCUCAAGAAAUAUCUGAACUACGCUGCCUACCAAUUCAAGGGCGGCCCAUGGCGAGAUUGUGUCGUGCCUUACGGUCUUGACCCGCGAACGCAUCCCAAAUAUCGAGAAUACCAGACACUCAUGUUCAAAUUGACCAAACACAAGCGCCCUUUAGGCCCUGCGGCCGUACGCACGUACCGCCGUCCCGAAAAGAUUGAGGAACGUCAGGUACCCGCAGGAGUUACCAGCCAUAUUUUCGAUGGUGAAACAUAUGACACAGAUGGCAAGGUCUGGCAAGUGUGUGACAUUACCGACCCUCUCCUACGCGAGCUGCUCGAUGGAGCAGCAGUACGUUCAGCAUGGGACAUCAGCAGUGGUUGGUACCAUGGCGGGUUGUGGGCCAAGGUCAAGGCCAUUAUGAAGACAAAGCUGGUAGCUAUUCGAUUCGGCAGACAGUUGACACGGGCAGAUUUCGUCCCCACACUGCAGUUUGGUGACAUGACGCCGCCAAGGUCAACGUCGACCAACUUGCAUCUGCCGCUGCCAAAUCUGCGCCUUACAGACGAGGAGCUCAUAGCGCUGCGUGGCCGCAAACCACCAAAGAAGAAGAGUCAGGGUUACAAUGUUAGGCUGCUUGGCCGUCAAGCGGCGUCAACAACGGAUGAUCCUACGUCGGUAGCAAGCUCGCCAAGUAGAGCUCCGAUGGAAGCCAUGGAAAAUGAUGAGGAUUCGGCCGGUGACAGCAACGAGGAGAAUGACAGUGGCUCUGAGAUAGAGGACCAUCAGCUGGAUCAAUUGGCAGAUGAGUACAGCGGCCAUGAUUAUCUUGGUCCGGAGUACAGUGCCCCGUAUAAUUACGAAUUUAGCGGAGGCCGCUUGAGUGAUGCAGAUUAUGCGGAGGACGUAUACCCUGACUUAGAGCAGGCAGGAUCACAACAGCUGUUCAUUCUGUGGAGAGGUCUUCGAGGUGGCCAGGAGCGAACUUCUGCAUGUCCAACGGGUACGCAUUCGCCAAUCGACACCCCCGGUUGCGGGCGUGGACCUUUUGCCCGAGUCGGAUUGCUAGUAGCACAUAUAGAGCGAGGCCAGUGCACGCGUAUCAGCUCCAACGACCUGAAUAUGCUGAGAGAGACAAAGCUUGAUUUUCACAGAGAGCUCGCAAAGCGAUCGGACGAGCCGAUCAAGGGAAACUUCGCCAAUUACAUGUCCGCAAUACAUGUUCCUCGAUGGGCUGAUGUUGUGGAAGCGCCCAGCGCGGAGACGCCUGGCGAACUUUCAGAGGAAAGUUUCCCGGAGCUCCCAAGGAAGGAGCUUCAGGUACCACAGAAAGACGAGGGUCAGAUGCUGCCAAAGCACGAGCUCCAGUCAUCGAGAGUCCCCAAAACACAAGUACAGGUAGACAAUUUCGCCAAGAGGUUACUUUCCAUACAUAUUGAAAGCCGACAGAUCGAAUCCGCGGAUAAGAAAAUGGUGGCCGAUACAGACGGGGACGAAAGCUUGCUCAUUGAUAUGUCAUCAGACCAUCGACUUGCAGCCAAAUGGCAAACUGCAGCAGAAGCUUGCGAAGGAAACCUUGGAAGAAACGCUUCGCCCCCCAAAUCAUCCACAAAUCUUUUGGCAGCUAAGUGGCAAGGCGCCUGGGGGGGCAAGGACAUUCAGGCCGCAUUUCAAAAAGAUCGCAUAAAGCGGCGCGUCACACCAUCCACUGAACAACUUGCGGCGGCAACCCAGCCGGCGCCCAAGUCGUUGGCAGAGUCGAUGGAUCUGGACGACCCGGACCACCCAUACUUUAGUGCAUCUGCUUACUUCUGCACUAUCAUCAACAAAUAUGUCUGUCCCAAGCUAGGAUGCGGGAAAUACUUUGACAGCAAAGCAAUGAUCAUCAAACACUUAAAAUCACCUGCUCAUGGUGACAAGUCUUAUCAAUGCCCAAAAUGUUUGCGCAUCUUUAAGUCGGUAGAGGCAAUCACGUACCAUGCCGAGUCUCCCGGGUACUGUCGCAUUCGAGAGACUGAACAGUACGGCGCAUUCCUGGACCAACUUACUGGAGGGAUUGUCCAAGCUGACACAAGUGGUGGGAAUGAUGCUAUCAAGUACAAUGUGGACAAGGAUGCGAUCAAGAAAAUUUUCUGGUGA